CGUGAAACGAGUUUUUAGUUGAAUUUUAGCAAGCGGCAAACGCGCAACAAACAAAACGGAAAUCGUGAAAUUAAAAUUUAGAACACAAAAAAGAAAUACUCUCUCUCUCUAACAACAAAAGGCAAACGAAAGCCAUCGAGAAAUUUGCAUCAUCUUUUGACAUGUUGGCGCUUAAUAAUAUACAAGAACAGCAGCAACAACUGAGAGUAAAAAGUUCGAGUGCUCGAUACAUAAACUGAAAGUGAAUAAUUCAAAUAUCAGAUUGAUAUUGAUAAAGUGAUAAAAUGCCACGCCUGUGGGCGUUCUGUUUGCUAUUGGCCAGUGCCAGGGCCAUGCCAAGAAGUCUACAAGUGAAUCGGACUUGUCCCUAUCAGGAGGAAUGCGAUGCAUCGAUCAAUUUGCGGCAUAUAGAGAAACUGGAAAGAUAUGUGAAUAUAGAAGUGGAUCCAUGUGAAGAUUUUCACGGCUAUGCUUGCGGAAAUUGGAAUAACAUACAUGGCCAACAGGACUCGGCCAUGUCCUUGAGUGGUGACCACAUCAAUCAGCAGUAUGAGAAUCUUUUCGAGAACCUACUGAGAGAUCGUGCCGCUGAGGAGCACGGCAUGCCCAUCUAUCCAAAUCUAGUCAAAUACUAUCACAGCUGUAAGGUUGUGAACAAGCCACGACUGCGACGCUAUUUGGAACUAUUGCCAGCGCCCACUUCAUCCCAUUGGCUGGAUUUGGUGGCUCUCCUGGGUCGUUAUGGCUAUCACGAGCAUUAUGUAAAGAUUGAAGUCAGCCAACACAAUGCCAGCCAGCAUAUGAUUCUCAUACAACCUCAUAAUUAUAAUCUCAAUUGGAAUUUCACCAUGCACAUUUACAAAGUGCUGCGACGUCAUCUACAAAACGAAGGUCAACUUUUACAUUUCCAAGACAUGAAGGAGAAAUUUCUCGAAUUGGAGCAGAAUUUGUUGAGACUGGCCAAGCCAGCUGUCGAGGCGGACAACCUUAAGGUCUACACUCUGGAGGGAUUGCAACGGGAAAUACCCGAAGUGAAUUGGUCAAGAACUUUGGGCAAACAAAUGGGUCGAAUAAUUCAUCAGGAUCAUCAGUUGCUUAUAGAUGAAUUACCUGCGAUUAGAAAUUUAAUCAAUUAUCUCAACGAAGCUGAUGGAAAUCUUUUGAAAUUAUAUAGCUUAGCUAGAUUUCUAAAUUAUCUAACACAAUUGCCACACAAUCCACUGGAGAAGUCUGAGGUCAGUUCCAGUUCUCGAUCGAGCGUCUGUGUCCGUCAUAUGCGUAAGGCCCUGUACUUGGCCAUGAAUUAUGCCUACGAGACUAGUUUCUAUCACAAGCAACGUUCAGCCGAUGAUCUAGUCAUACAUAGAGUGUUUGAGGAGCUGAAAGCGGAAUUCACAAAUACAUUAAACCGUAAUGAUUUUGGUUUAAAUCCAACUCUAUUAACUGCCCUAAAAGCCAAAAUUGAAGGAGUCCGUCUAAAUGUUGGAAAUAUGCCGAGAAAUGUACCCAAGGAUUUCUAUCUUGAUUUUGAACAGAGCUGGCUAGUUGGACGUGACUUCUACGAGAAUCAUUUGCAUAGUUUGCUUCACUUUAAUGCCCACUUGUCGCAUCUGGAGAGCAUGCGAAAUGGUCUGGAGAAACAUAUAUGGUAUAGCUUUAAUUAUCAUGGACCAGAAUUAAUGGAUAACAUCGAUGCCACUCCGUAUUUCUAUUGCCUGAGCAGCAUCAUCAUCAUACCGUAUGCAUAUGUACAGUUGCCCUUCUAUCAUUAUCAAUUCUGGCCAGCUCUAUUGUACGGAGAUCUAGCCAAUACUCUGGGUCAUGAGAUGCUACACGCCUUCGACACAUAUUUCGUGGACUAUGAUGCCCAAGGCAACAUGAGGGAUUACAGCGAUGAACUUCUACUCAAUCCUCUGUACAAUGCUAGUGUCAAUUGUCUAAAUGACUCAUCGGUGGAAUCUCUGAAUGAGCGAACAUCGGAUAUAAGUGGUUCUCGUUUGGCCUUGCAGACCUACAUGAAGGAUCCCCAGGAACGUUUGGCCAAUGGACGUUUAUAUUUUCUACAAUUUGCCCAAUUCUUUUGUGGCGAAAAGGGUGAUAUUUUCCAUGAUGUGGGAAGUAAGCGAUUGAAUUACGCUCUCGCCCAGAUGCCCGAAUUCGUUGAGGUCUUCCACUGUGGACCGGGUCAGGCAAUGAAUCCUACAGAACGAUGCAGUUUUUGGUAGCACUUAGUUUUUAAGAAUUUAUAUUAAUUUUUGUUUAUAGCUUUAAUGUCUUUACUCUCACUCCCAUCCCAUACACAAGUAAAUAGGCCAUACAAGUAUUGUGAAUAAAACAGCAAACCGAAAUGUGAAUAUGUUUAAGAAAAGAAAAUCAACAAAUUUCUUGA